CCUUAUAGAGCAGCAAGACUCCUCGCGCUCUCGCACACUGCCCAUUGCUCCGUCCGCGAGUUUUGUCUCCUUGUCUCCGUGUCUCUGUCUGUCUUGUCUUGUCUUGUCUGUGGGCUGGCCAUCAUGCUGGGACGGGCUCUACUGCAGACCUCUCUGGUCCUCUGGCUGGUACAGUGCACCCUGCAAGGAGGUGUAAGCAGACCUCAAACAGGACUUUUGGGAAGAGGAUUGAGAGGGCGUGGAGCCUAUGGGGCCUUGCCAGCAGCACACUAUCCAAGUGCUGCCCUUGGAGCCGGAGGAUACAGGCCCUUAGGCGCGGGCAGAGGCCUGAAACCAGGCUAUGGUGCAGGUGCCAUGGGCCUGAAUGGACUGGGCCUGGGCAUGGGGAAGCAGCAGGGAGCCAGAGGCUAUGGAGCUGGACUGGGUGCCUAUCCUGGAGCUGGGGCUGGAGCGGGUUAUGGUGGAUAUCCAUCAGUUGGCCGUGGCACUGCAGGAGCGCAGUAUCCAGCUGGACAGGGCCAGAAGGGCCCUAAACCGGGAAGCCGACCAGCAGCUGGGGUCUCUGGUGGACCGGGGGCGUCGGGCACCGGAUAUGGUCGAGGAACAGGAAUACCCCAAGGACAGGCUACCAAGCCAUCCAAACCUGGUCUUAGGGGUGGAGCCUUCAGCGCUGUCACCAAGAGCAAACCCUUACCCAGGGUGACACAGCCGGGUAUAGCUGCGGGGAGUGUAGGAACAGGAAAUGCUGCUGGUGCUGUCAGUAAAACAGGAAGGACUGUGGCAGUGGCAGAAGCAAAGCGUUAUAAUGCUGUGCCUUCGCAACAGGAAACCAAGGGUCUUGGUGCUGCGGCAUCUCAGACCUUUCAGGUUGCAAAAAGCCAAACCUAUGUCUCUCAGCAGCAGCAGCAGCAGCAGCAGCAAGCCACUGGAAGCCGUAGCUCUGCCACGUCUUACUCCCAAGGAACCAGAAAUGUUGCUUCUUCUGGCACCCAAUACGUAAAAGUACAAGGAACCAAAAGCCUUAGUCCUACAGGUAGCAACCCAUACAACCCUCAGGGAUCCAAAAGCUUUGGCGUUGCCUCCUCGCAGCUUCAAGGAAUGAGAACAAAUACAGGUUUUGUAACUCCUCAGCAACCGGGAGGUUCAACGAAGACAUUCGCUGCUGCCAAACCACAGCCACAAGAUGCGAGAGGUUUUGGCCUGGCCUCCAAAAGCACUGGUCCCGCUGCAACACCUCAGGUUCAGCCAGUCAAUCCAUUCCCACAAGGUGCUGCCAAAAAGUAUGUUGCUAUUAAACAACCUCAGGGAUACGCAAACCCAAACCCAGUUACUCCUUCAUCUCAGGGCCAAGGUCCAGUUUCUCAGGUGCCAGAUAGAGCCAGAACUGUAGGGUCUGUCAGCAGCAGGCAAGAUCAAGCAGCAGCCAAAAGCUACAUCUCUUCCAGUCAAGUGAAAACGCACGCCAGUAAAAGCUACAACUAUGUGGCGUCCUCUGCAAAGAAGUCGUCAUCAUCAUCAUCAUCAUCGUCAGUGUCCACGUACCAUGUCAAGAAGAGCUCCACGGGUCCUGUGGUAGCAGCAGCGACACAAGACUCUGGUUCCCCAGUUCUGCCGAUCUCGUCGGGCAUCCAGAACCCUGACGUUCUGAAUGGCAGAACCAUGGACCAUUAUAGUACGCAGCAGCAGCCACAGGACAGAAAGAGCGUAGUGUACUCAGUAGCUGUUACUCCAUUGCAGAGCGGUAAAAGUGCAGACUUGUUCACGCCUCCAUUAGCCGCUGCCCCUGUAGUGCCCGAAGUGGUGACUGGGGCUAAGAGCCUUGGGCCUGCGCCUGCGCCUAGCCUGCCUGACAUCUCGGGUAAAAGCAUUUGGUCCGCAGCAACACCUGCUCAGGUAGGCCAGAGUGUGGCCUCCCAGCCCCAGCCCCAGCCUCAGCCUGGGAAAAGCUACAGUCCAUACGUACCUUCACCUCAAGGGGUCAAAAGCACUGAUAUUUUCUACGUACCUGACCAUCAAGAUGGCAAAAGUGCUGGUCAGUACAUCGCUGGACAGCAAAAAGGGAAAAGCACUGACGUGUAUGUGUAUGAAUAUGAAAAAGGCAAAAGCACUGAUCUUUACGUGCCUGAACAUCAAGAGGGCAAAAGCACUGAUCUUUACGUGCCCGGACAUGACGAAGGGAAAAGUGUUGAUCUGUACGUGCCUGGACCACAGGAUGGGAAGAGCACUGGGGUGUACGUGCCUGGACCACAGGAUGGGAAGAGCACUGGGGUGUACGUGCCUGGACCACAGGAUGGGAAGAGUCAGGGAGGAGGAGCAGGAGCAGCAGCACCAUACACCAAAGGCUAUCUGCCAACCGAUAAGGGGAAUGGUAAUGGCGGUGGUCUGCCAUUUGGAGGAGGGCAGAAGGGGAACGGUUAUGGGCCAGGGCCUGCAGUUCCCAAUGGAAAUGGUAAUGGUAAUGGUAACGGAAAUGGGUAUGGCCCAGGUGCAGCGCUUACCAAUGGACAGGGACCUUUGACCAAUGGCUAUGGCCCAGGGGUGGGGCCAUCCAAUGGAAAGGGACCUAAGGGCAAUGGGUAUGGGCCAGCACCAGGUGUUUCCAAUGGACAGGCACCGACAAGUAACGGCUACGGCCCUGGACCCGCAUUUUCCAAUGGACAGGGAGCCCAACCUAAUGGAGCUGGAGGUGCUGGUGUACAGGGUGCCAAACCGUCCAAGACUGGUUAUGGGGCUGGCUUGGCAUACCCUGGAGCUCAUGGGAAUGGCUAUGCAGGUUACUCUGAUGGCAUGGGAGGAUACCCUGGAACAGGCCUGGGUCUUGGGGAUGCUAUGGGCCUUGGUAUGGGUGGUGCAGGAGGCAAGCCUCUGGCUUCAGGCUACCCUAACGGCUACAUGAACGGUGCUGGCGGCUACCCGGCAGUGUUAGCCGACGGGGCCGGGGCGGGGCUGGGAGGCAAAGCAGGGAAGGUAGCAGGUGGCGCUAAUCUGGGGGCUGCUGGUGCCCUGCCCUAUGGCGGGCAACCUGUGGUUGCAGCUGGUCUAAGCAGCAUGGGCAUGGACGCCAAGUCUGCCGGCGCUCUGCCCUACGGGGGGCAGCCUGUCAUGGCCGCCGGGCUGGGCAUGGACGCCAAGUCUGCAGGCUACGGAGCUGGUCCAGUGCCUCUGGGCCUCGGUCCUGACGCUGCAGGCCUGGGAGUUCCUUACAAUGGUGCCCCAGUCAUCCCUGCAGGGCUAGAGGGUGAUUUUGGACUUCCCUACGGUGCGUCUCAGCAACUGGGCCUGGGUGCUGAUGCAGCCAAAUCUGUUGCUAAAUACGCCAAUGCUGGGGCACCUCUAGGUGGCCAGGGGUCUCAGCUCAGUGGACCACAGACUGGGCUCAAACCUAAAUGCAAAACUGGAAAUGGCCGGGGCCUUGCCGUAGCAUCUCAGCCAGCAGCGUAUGGUGGGCCACUGGCAGCCAGCCAAGGAGCUUAUGGCAAGGAUCCAAUGAAGUCCAACUACUAUGGCAACGGCUAUAAAGGUUGAUUGAAAAGGCCUUCAGCAAGAAGUGAAUUUAUGAUGGUCCCUCCCUCCCCGCGUGUGUUCUUUGUGUUUGUGUCCAGCUGCGUUGUUGUUUUGUCUUCAUGUGCAUUUAGUUGUGUCUAUAUAUGUUGUUGAGCUUUUUCAUGUUCUAUGUUUGUUUUGUCUCCGUAUUGUCAUUGUUGUUUUUGUCAAACCAUCUCCCUUUUGUGUUCUCCCCUUAAGUGUUGCCCGCUUUAUUGUACCUUUUGCUAAAUUUGAGACGAAAAUUUGUUGUAUGAUGGAUUUCUGCACAUGAAACACUAAACUGUUUUCACCCCGAC